UGUUUUACUAUGGAAGAUGAAUUAGCUUUUUAGAACCUUCAAAAUGGUAUAAGUCCUUCUUUUUUAGUUAAGCCAUUGAAAAUAUGAAAAGAGAAAGAGAUGAAUUGUUAUAAGAAUACCAAAAAGAAAAAACUGAUUUCUAAGCAUUUGAUGCACAAAUUCGUAAGAUGUAAAUGGAGCUAGACUUAAGAGUGGCUAUCUUGAAAGAUAAAGAAUAAAAAUUAGCUAAUUAUAAUAAGAUGAUAGAAGAGACAGAUAUAACAUAUAAUAGAGUAGAUUUAUUAACUGUAAAAUUUAAUAGAUUGUUGAAACAUCUAACAGAUUAGCAGCUAAUCUUGAAAAAGAGACAUAGUUCAUAAAAGACCGUUUCAAGCGUUAAUAAUAAAUUUGAAUUCAAUAUAGAUUAUGAAACUAGUCAACUUUUUCAUUUAAAUAUAUUCAUAAAAAAAAACUUCAAUUUUUAACAUAUAAUUUAAAAUAAGUGUUAAUAAAACAACUAUUUUUGUAAAAUUUUUAGAUCGUUUUACAUUCUUAUUCAAAAGAAAUAGGAAAUCAUUUCUAGAAAAUAAAAAAUAAGUCAAAAUAAUCCAUUUAAAUUGAAUAAAAACCAAAAAGAUUUUAAUAAAAUGUAAGAAUAUAAUUAAACAAAUUUGAUUUAUCAAAUUUAUUAUUAAGUGGAUAUGAAGUUUCCGAACUUCAGUUUUUGA